AGCUUGCAUUGGAUGAGGGGAUGUGGAACUGCUGCUAGAUAUAUUGGCACUUAUGAAAGUUGAGAGACCCAAUUCUUACUAUGCUGUAGACUUCGACAAAGGAAAACGUUUGAGAAAUAUUUGAUGCAAAAGGUAGAAAUGAUUAUGGCCAUUUUUGUGAUGUUAUUUAUUUGGAUACCUACUACAUCAGAAACACGUAUAAAGUCCCAUUGUUACCCAUCGUAGGAGUCAGUCAUCAUUUCCAAUUUUUGUUGAUUGGAUGUGCCUUGGUUGGGGACGAAUCAUCAUCAACACUUACUUGGCUUAGAGCUGUGGGUGGCCAGAGUCCUAGAGUGAUCAUUACUGAUGAUGACAUUUCCGAGGUCUUCCCUAAGGCACAACAUUGCUUUUGUUUGUGGAAUGUAAUGGGAAAAAUUUCUCAGAAUCUUGGUAAUAAGAUAACAAAGCCUGAAGAUUUUGUAAAGAAGUUGAAGAAAUGCAUGUGGUUUCCACUUAAAGAAGAAGAAUUUGAAAAAAGAUGGUGGAAAAUGGUCGAUUCAUUCAAACUGAGGGAUGAUGACUUGAUUUGGUCAUUGUUUGAAAACAAAAUGGGUUCCCGUGUACAUGAGGAAUACUUUCUUGGCUGGACUAUCUACAGUUGAGCGGUCUGAAAGUGUAUCCUCCUUCUUUGAAAGGUAUAUUUCCUCUGAGACUACGUUCAAAGAGUUCAUUGAACAAUACAAACUAUUUGUGCAUGAGAUGUAUGAAGAGGAAGCAAACGCUGAUAUUGAAACCCGUCACAGACAACCUACAAUAAAAACUCUCUCCCCAUAUGAGAAACAAAUGUCUACUGUCUAUACAAACUCGGUAUUCAUGAAAUUUCAAGCUGAGGCUUUUGGCGUUGCAGCUUGCACUAUUCUGAGUGAAGGUGAUGAGGGAACAGAAAAGUUGUAUAGAGUUAAUGACUCUGAAAAACACCAUAGUUUUAUGGUAUCCUGGUGUGGAAGAGAAUCUUGCAAUAUCAUCUGUUCAUGCCAUUUAUUUGAGUAUGCAGGUAUUCUUUGUAGACAUGCAAUUACGGUUCUUCAAGUAUCUGGUGUCCCCAAUAUCCCGGGGGUGUAUGUAUUAGAGCGGUGGACACGAGAGGCAAAAAUGAAAGGGAGAGCAUAUGGGAUUCCAAGCAAUCCUCGUUACAGGAUCCAACGUCUCAAUGAUCUUUGCAAACUUGCUGCCAAAUUCGGCGAAGUUGGAUCGUUAUCCCAGGAAACCUAUGAAUCAGCUGUGAAUGCACUCCAAGCUGCAUUGCAAGACUGUGUCAAUGCAAACAACUCAGUGAAGAGUGCAUUAGUCUCAAGCAUUUCAUUUUCUCAAUGCAAUCCUAAGGUUAACGAAGAGAUUCAAGGUGGCAGCAUGGAGAAGUCAUCAAAGAGAAAGAAAGUACAGAAGAAGUACAGAAGAAGCGUAAGGUUCAAUCUAACGUUGAAGUACUUUCUACCAGGAUCCAAGAUAGCAGCCUGCAGAUGGAUCAGUCAAACUCAAAACUACCAACUCAUGAAGAUUCUUUCCUUUCUCAGAGGCACGUUCAAGGAAUGGAUCUUGGCUCCCAAAUGGCAACUAUUGAGGGAUACUAUGCUCCUCCUCAUCAGAGCAUUCAUGGAUUGGGCCAGUUGAGUUCAUUUUCUAUGUUACAAGAUAGCUAUUGCAGCAAUCGUCAAGCCUCACACAGUGUUCUGGUAAAGGCAACUAUUUUAUUAGGAACUUGAUGAUGAGAAGAUACUUGGACCGGACUAAAUUUUUGGUUUGAUCUUUCACAAGUACGAAUGGCUUCAUCCAAUUAUGUUUAGUUUUACCUCCCUCCUCUCACAGGGAAACUUGAAUUAUAUAUCAGCCCACAGUGGUCACUACACUCCUCAAAGUAUUCAAGGGCUGGUAUGAACACAAAGGCCUAAAUCUCGUAUCUUUGUUGAAUUAAAUCUCAUAGUGAAAUGCAGUUGCAGGGGCAGAUUAGCUUCAGAGCACCACUAAUGCUUACUUCUUUUGACAUUCAAGGAAAUUCAUCUGAUAUGCUACGUUUUAGUUAGUCAAUGUUUGGUUAUUUCGUGUCUAACGUGGGUUCAAAAUUCACUCUCGCUCCCAACUUUAGGACAAUUCAAUGAGUGUCACAGGAAAACGUUUGCAGGAUUAGUGUUUCUCUCUGCAGGAUUGGAAACAAUGCUUAAUUUAUCGCCUUAGGAAGUUAGUUAGCUGAAUAGGAGGAAACUAACAUUACUUUUUUUCCAUGUUUAACAUUGAAGGAAAUGAAUGUACAGUACUGAAGAUCAGUAGAUAAAUAUCAAUAAGGACUUCAUUAUUUCUGGAAGCAACAUGUAAUCCCGUUAUAUGAGAAGAAAUUUUCGAACGUUUAUGAAGAGAAU